UAACUCCGGAGGAGGAGCUAUAAUUGUGUUUCACUCGGUAGAUUACAUGAUUUCAAUGACAGACGAUAUACAGAGAGCGCAGCUUUACUGCUGUUGGCCAUAGGCAGUUAUUAUGAACUCCAAUAUGAACAAAACUCCGACUGACACUAUACAAUAUCAGAAUGGGCACAAGGAUGUUGACCUCAGCAGUACUGAAGACGAGCCCCUUCUCAAAGAAAACCCAAAGCGAUUCGUCAUCUUUCCUAUUCAGUAUCCAGACAUAUGGAAAAUGUACAAACAAGCUCAGGCCUCAUUCUGGACAGUUGAGGAGGUGGAUUUAUCUAAGGACUUGGUUCACUGGGACAAACUGAAGCCUGAAGAAAAACACUUUAUAUCCCAUGUAUUGGCUUUCUUUGCUGCAAGUGAUGGGAUUGUCAAUGAGAACCUGGUGCAGAGGUUCAGUCAAGAAGUGCAGCUUCCAGAGGCUCGAUUCUUUUAUGGGUUUCAGAUCCUUAUUGAAAAUGUGCACUCCGAAAUGUACGGCAUGCUCAUCAACACCUAUAUAAGGGAUUUAAAAGAGAGGGACUAUUUGUUUAAUGCAAUCCAAACCAUGCCUUGUGUAAGACUGAAAGCAGGCUGGGCCUUACAGUGGAUCUCUGACACAAACUCUACUUUUGGAGAGCGAUUAGUAGCAUUUGCAGCAGUGGAAGGCAUCUUCUUUUCUGGAUCAUUUGCUGCCAUUUACUGGUUAAAGAAAAGAGGUUUAAUGCCUGGGCUCACCUACUCGAAUGAGCUCAUCAGCAGAGAUGAGGGUCUGCACUGUAAUUUUGCAUGUCUAAUGUUCAGCUAUUUGGUGAAAAAGCCUUCUUCUGACAGAGUGAAGGACAUCAUUACAAAAGCUGUGAGCAUUGAACAGGAGUUUCUCACAGAAGCCUUACCAGUCAACUUGAUUGGGAUGAACUGCACUCUCAUGAAGCAAUACAUUGAGUUUGUGGCUGACAGGUUGCUAACAGAUUUGGGUUUGCCAAAGGUUUACCAAUCAGAAAACCCCUUCGACUUCAUGGAGUCAAUUUCAUUGGAGGGGAAAACAAACUUCUUUGAGAAGCAAGUGGGCGAAUACCAGCGACUUGGAGUGAUGUCAAACAGGAUGGACUGUGAAUUCACUCUUGAUGCAGAUUUCUAACUCUGAACUAGAAUAGAGUAUUCAUGUAUUUGGCAGCUACAGAAUAAUGUUAGUCAGUUUAUAGUGUUAAGAAAUUAUCACUCAGGAACUGAAAAUAUUUUUUUUACAUUUGUUUUUGUUUCUUUUUUGUUUCACAUAAUACUUUUAGUACAUUGAUUUGAUGAUUCUAUUACCAAGCAAAUGUGUUGCCUGGGAAAACAACUUUACCCUUCUGUCUUAAAGGGAUAGUUCACCCAAAAAGGAUAAUUCUGUCAUUAUUUAUUUACCCUCAUGCCGUUUCAACUCAAAUUACUUUCUUCGCUGGAACACAAACAAAUAUAUUUUGAAGGAUGUAUAUAAUAUGAAGUCAAAAGGGUCCAAAAUGUUAAAUCCCCAAAAGGACAUAAAGGCAUCUUAAAAGUAAUCCAUACAACUCUAAUUUAAUCCAUGUGUUCUGAAGUGAUAUGACUGCUUUGGUUGAGAAACAAACCAUAAAUAUAAAAUAUAUGUAUAUAAGUUCUGCCAACAUAAUCUGUGGACUCUUAUGUCUCUUAAGGGAUAAUAAUAAAAUAAAAAAAGUAGACUGAGUCAUUUUUGUGUUCAAGCUAGCAUAAUAUAAUAAUGUUUUAAACACUUAACUUGAACUCAACCCAAAAGUAAAUGUUCAGCUUGAUGCACUGAACUGAAACCAUUAUAGAGUCAUUUCAGUGAGUUGGCAUUGUCUGGGUCUAAAAACCUAGUGAGUUGACUACCUAGACAGCGCUUUUGAACAUAA